GUUAAAAUGUGGGAGGCGCGUGCCUGCGUUCUGGGUGGAGUGACGGGACACUUUAAAGUUUUUAAAUUAGCUAGAGGAAACUUUAAAAUGCGUAUAGAUAUGAAAAGAGAGUCGUACUGUUACUUAACACUCAAUUUAGCCGGACUGAGAAAGUAAAGAAGAGUAACACAGUCCGAACGAAAGUGAACUCGGCCGGGUACUAAUUUUACUGAAAUCAUGGGAGAUGAUGUGAGUGAGGAGUCCUUACUGGAGUACCUCUUUUCCGCGGGAGGCAAGGCUAAGAACAGUGAUAUGCUAAAAACCUACAGGCAUUUUGUGAACCAUACCGACAAGAAUCUGCGUGCCAAAUACAGAGAAGAGUUCAAGGUCAUCAUUGACAGAAUUGCUGUGACAAAGUCGGAGAAUGGGGAGAAAUACGUGGUCCUUAAGAAGAAGUACAAGCAGUUAAUGCAGGAGCGAGAGGCCGAUCAGAGGACAGACAAGUCCUAUAGCCCCUCUAGGCACACAGGCAGUGCCCUGGCACAGGAGUUGCAGACUCCAGUCCCCGCAUUGGUGAUAGGAGGUGUGCCUAAGGGCCAGUAUGAGGUCUCCUGGUGCAGAGGCCCUUCCAUCAUCAUCACAGAGGCUCCUGAAUUGCAUCCUGUCAAAGAGGAAGGUCUGUGGGUUCUCCGCAAACGACCAUACCUGGUUAUCAGUGAAGCCUGGAGUCUGGAGUUACAUCGUAGAGAGAAGAAGGAUCGACUGAUAGAGAAGGCUUCCACAUUUUCUAGACCUACCCGAUCUACAACCCCGCAGGCAGAAGAAUCCCAACCCCUCGUCCAUGGGGAUGACGAAGUGGACAAGGACACAUGGUCAAAGUCAGAGCAGGAGCUGGAGGAAGAGGGCAGCGGCAGUGUGGGGUCCCUCACAGUCACUCUGGAACCUCUGGAGAAGGAAUGGAUGCAUUCAGCAGCCUGUGGCCAAUUGGACCACCUCUCCCACCUCCUCCAGCAAGACCCCUCACUGGCCUCCAAGAAGGACUUCACCUCAGGGUUUACUGCGUUGCACUGGGCCGCGAAACACGGCAGGGAUGACAUGGUCGCCCUGAUGGUCAAAUCUGGGGUGGACGUCAACAUGAAGGCCCAUGGAGGAUACACACCUCUGCAUAUAGCGGCGCUGCAUGGACAUCAUCGGAUCAUAGACCUGCUGGUUGGGACUUACGGUGCCAAGAAGAAUGUACGAGACUACAGUGGACACCUGGCUCACCAGUACCUGAACACCAGGGACCCUGCUGGAGAGGACGGUGAAGCUGACCUCCAGGUGGCCCAUUCAAGUGAGCGCAAGGCCCGGCGCUUGGUCACGCUCUUCCAGCACAAAAAGAAAUGGGGCUCGGCCGAGGACCUGGCCACAAUCAGCGAGGAGCGACCAACGGGCAACCAGCUCUCCCUCCCACCUUUCCGACCCAGAAAGUUCUCCCGCUAACUCUAGGAGGGUGGAGUGCAUGUGGAUGAAGGAUGUAGAGAUCUGCAGGGUACAGACAUGGUGGAUGUAUCCCUCUGGGUUUAGGCCCUGUGGGUAAAUUACUGGUGAUUCGUGGUUUCCUAGUAACAG